GCCUCGCUUCGCCUCGCCGCGCGCUCGGAGGUCUAAGACUCUCCACUCUUCUCCAUCAGGUGGAGCCGUCCGCGCCUCCCGCCCCCCGCCUCGCCCGCGAACUGUGCGCAGGCACCUUGCAGCGCCAGGAGGUUAACCGAGGCCCCGGAGGAGGUGAGGCCAAGGAGCGGCGGGGCGGAGAUGGCCGGGCCGCCGUCGGGGCUGGCGCCAGAGCCCGGCCGGCUGUGGGUCCUGCAGCUUCAGUGAAAGGAGCCCUUCUGUCACUCGUCACUGGCUCCCGCGCCCGCCCGCUCGCGAGCUCGCUGUGGGAGGAGCCCGCCGGAGGAAGCCAAGCCGUGCGCCGGGGCUGCCGAGAGCCACAGAAUGGAUCUGCUCCGCGCGGGGACGUCGCUGACGAGCCCGGCUUCCCGCGGCGGCUAGGAGCCCGGCCACCCGGCCACUGGCAUCGGCAGGCUGCGGGGACCUGGAGGCCCGGGGAGAGCGGGGCCGCGCCGAGGGACGGACGCACGGACAGACCGAUGGUUGGCGCGCGCCCGGGAGGACCGCGGCGGAGGCUGAGCACGGAGAGCCGCCCGGGAAGAGAAACUCACUGCCGACCCAAGUUGCCCCGCCGGCUCUCCCUCGCGGCGCUGAGGAAUGAAACCUUUCCAGCUCGAUCUGCUCUUCGUGUGCUUCUUCCUCUUCAAUCAAGAGCUGGGCCUCCAGAAGAGAGGAUGCUGUCUGGUGCUGGGCUACAUGGCCAAGGACAAGUUUCGAAGAAUGAAUGAAGGCCAAGUGUACUCCUUCAGCCAGCAACCCCAGGACCAGGCCGUGGUGUCAGGCCAGCCAGUGACUCUGCUGUGCGCCAUUCCCGAAUACGAUGGCUUUGUCCUGUGGAUCAAAGACGGCUUGGCUCUGGGUGUGGGCAGGGACCUCUCAAGCUACCCACAGUACCUGGUGGUAGGGAACCACCUGUCCGGGGAGCAUCACCUGAAGAUCCUGCGGGCAGAGCUCCAAGAUGACGCCGUGUACGAGUGCCAGGCCAUCCAGGCCGCCAUACGGUCUCGCCCCGCACGCCUCACCGUCCUGGUGCCACCUGAUGACCCGGUCAUCCUGGGGGGGCCUGUGAUCAGCCUGCGGGCGGGGGACCCCCUCAACCUCACCUGCCACGCAGACAACGCCAAGCCUGCAGCCUCCAUCAUCUGGUUGAGGAAAGGAGAGGUCAUCAAUGGGGCCACCUACUCCAAGACCCUGCUGCGAGAUGGCAAGCGCGAGAGCAUCGUGAGUACCCUCUUCAUCUCCCCGGGUGACGUGGAGAAUGGGCAGAGCAUCGUGUGCCGAGCCACCAACAAAGCCAUCCCGGGAGGGAAGGAGACUUCGGUCACCAUCGACAUCCAGCACCCCCCACUCGUCAACCUGUCGGUGGAACCACAGCCAGUGCUGGAGGACAACGUUGUCACGUUCCACUGCUCCGCAAAGGCCAACCCGGCUGUCACCCAGUACAGGUGGGCCAAGCGGGGCCAGAUCAUUAAGGAAGCAUCUGGAGAAGUCUAUCGGACCGCCGUGGACUACACGUACUUCUCAGAGCCUGUCUCCUGUGAGGUGACCAACGCCCUGGGCAGCACCAACAUCAGCCGCACGGUGGACGUCUACUUUGGGCCCAGGAUGACUACAGAGCCCCAAUCCCUGCUCGUGGAUCUGGGCUCCGAUGCCGUCUUCAGCUGUGCCUGGACAGGCAACCCCUCCCUGACCAUCGUCUGGAUGAAGCGGGGCUCAGGUGUGGUGCUGAGCAAUGAAAAGACCCUGACCCUCAAAACCGUCCGCCAGGAGGAUGCUGGGAAGUACGUGUGCCGAGCCGUGGUGCCCCGGGUGGGGGCCGGGGAGCGAGAGGUGACCCUGACGGUCAAUGGACCCCCCAUCAUCUCCAGCACCCAGACCCAGCACGCCCUGCAUGGGGAGAAGGGCCAGAUCAAGUGCUUUAUCCGGAGCACACCACCACCGGACCGAAUCGCCUGGUCCUGGAAGGAGAAUGUGCUGGAGUCAGGGACAUCGGGGCGCUACACGGUGGAGACGGUCAGCACCGAAGAGGGGGUCAUCUCCACACUGACCAUCAGCAACAUUGUGCGGGCCGACUUCCAGACCAUCUACAACUGCACCGCCUGGAACAGCUUCGGCUCCGACACGGAGAUCAUCCGGCUCAAGGAGCAAGGUUCGGAAAUGAAGUCGGGAGCCGGGCUGGAAGCAGAGUCUGUGCCGAUGGCCGUCAUCAUCGGGGUGGCCGUCGGAGCUGGCGUGGCCUUCCUCGUCCUUAUGGCAACCAUUGUGGCCUUCUGCUGUGCCCGCUCCCAGAGAAGUACGGGAGGGAGACCCGGGAUCUCAGGGAGGGGGACAGAGAAAAAGGCCAGGCUUAGACUGCUCCGGAGAGCAAAUCUCAAAGGGGUUGUGUCGGCCAAGAAUGACAUCCGAGUGGAGAUUGUCCACAAGGAGCCUGUCUCCGGCCGGGAGGCCGAAGAACAUCCCACCAUCAAGCAGCUGAUGAUGGACCGGGGUGAAUUCCAACAAGACUCAGUACUGAAGCAGCUGGAGGUUCUCAAAGAAGAGGAGAAGGAGUUUCAGAACCUGAAGGACCCCACCAACGGCUACUACAGUGUCAACACCUUCAAAGAGCACCACUCGACCCCCACCAUCUCGCUGAGCAGCUGCCAGCCGGACCUGCGCCCCGCUGGCAAGCAGCGCGUGCCCACGGGGAUGUCCUUCACCAACAUCUACAGCACCCUGAGCGGCCAGGGCCGCCUCUACGACUACGGGCAGAGGUUCGUACUGGGCAUGGGCAGCUCCUCCAUCGAGCUGUGCGAGCGGGAGUUCCAGCGGGGCUCCCUCAGCGACAGCAGCUCCUUCCUGGACACGCAGUGUGACAGCAGCGUCAGCAGCAGCGGCAAGCAGGACGGCUACGUGCAGUUCGACAAGGCCAGCAAGGCCUCUGCCUCCUCCUCCCACCACUCGCAGUCCUCUUCCCAGAACUCCGACCCCAGCCGACCCCUGCAGCGGCGGAUGCAGACUCAUGUCUGAGGAUCCCAAACCGGGGCUGGGGAGGGCUACAGGGGCGGGGGUGGGGGUGGGGUGGGGGUGGGGAACAGGGUCGUGCCACCUGCUGGCUCUCCAUUGACUGUGGGUGCGUUGCAGAGGACCCCAGAACCGGCUGCCUCCAGGAUAACCCCCCGCCCCCCCGGAGGGCCUGGGCCACCGCCCUGCUCCGAAGCCCUGAUCAAGCACAAACCCCGGUCCCCAGCUGCUGCGUGCCAGGCGGGCGGGUGGGCGGGGUCGCGUUUCGAGGAUGCAGCUGAGUGCUGUGCUGUGCUCUGUGCUGGACACUCCGGUCCCAGCCCUUUCCUGGAGGCCCACCCCCACCCCCACUAUAGGCGCUCGAGGCAGCUAGAACUUGGCUUUCAUGAAACUGCCGUCCACUCUCCGGCCUCCCCGUGAGCUCUACUCCUUGCUGCCCACAGCCCUCCCCUGUGCCUGUUGCUCCUCCACAGUCCCGGGGGGGGGGGGGGGGGGGUGAAGCGCUUUCCAGCACUGAGCUUUCCCCCCAGCCCCCCCUGCUGCUCAGAGCCCAGACCCUGGAUGCUGAGAAGCCAGAAAGGGCCCCGGAGCAUCUCUCCCACCACACUGACCGCGAGCCCACCCCAAUUUGUUAGGUGUUUUGUGUCCAUAUCCUUGCAGUUCUGUCCUUGGACUUGAGGCCUCUGAACUCUGAGGUGGGACUGGCCCCGGCAGGGACAGGUGUCCUAGGAGGGAGAGGGAGAGGCAGGAGGGAACAUGGGCGCACCUGGGGAAACUUGCCCACCACUCCCCUCACCAGGCUGUGCAGUUCAGAGGCUCCCCACCCACCCCUGCUUCCUGUACUGCCUUCCUCCCCUACAGCACAGUCGGAGUUAAUAUAAGAAGUGUGAGAGCUUCUCUGGGCCAGGGUUCUUCCAACUGUCAUUGCAGAGAGCAUGUCCUGGAGCACGUAGGGUUUAAGGGGACUAGAGGUCAGGUCCUUAAAUGAUGAGACUUGCCUGCUCAGCUGCUGAAUCUCUAGGGGCCUAGAUCCACACAAGGAACCAUGGUCCUGCCUUCAGUAGGACUCCACGGGCAAGAGAGAAAGUCCAUCUACACAUCACCCCUCCCCACUCACCACCUGAAAAUAAAUGUUAGGGCCGUUACACCACCAUAUCCAUUCUGUCCUUUUGUUCCUGCAGAGCCGUGGGAAGAGUCAAGAACUCGGAGUAUGAUCUGGGAACACAAGGUUCUUUGCGCUCUGAUUCAGUUGUCCUAGAUAAUGAAAGCAGGUGAUGGUUCUGGUAUUAACCGCACCCACAAGCAGGCUCUCUCCCCAGACGGUGUGCAAAGGCAGGACCCAUGCCAAAUACAGCAUGGAGGCAACGUGGUCAUACUGGGCUUUGGAGGGGUCAUUCUAGGCCUUUCUCUCGGUGAUGUUCUGCAAGGGAAGCUCCUUCUGUCAGGGGUUCAGGGCAAGAGGCUCUCUUCAAAGAGCCUAUGCCACUGAGCUCCCUAACACUCUGAGCUUUAAUUAAUGUCCAAAUGGCCUUGUUUGAACGGAAGACUCCAGGUAGUGAUGGCAGACCAGAUGGGAUGGACAGAUAGGGGCAAGUUAGAAUGUUGACAGUGAGGCAGGAACCAAAGGGAGCUUUGGAAAACGCAGAGUGUCCCUAAGGUUGGAGGUCCCUCCUAGGUUAGGCCCCUUCUUGUCCAACCUUCCCCAGUAAUCCUUCCCCGUCAUAGGAACCUGUACUCAAAAGUCUGUCCUUCUUUCCAUAUGUACUGAUUCCUUGGAUGGCCCCAACCACAGAUUCUAUACAUAACCUUCAUAACUCCUCCACCCAGAAGAAUGUCUUCCUUCUACCAUAUUUCCUAUUGCCUCAAAAUUCCCCAGUUCCCUAGAUAACUUCCUUUGCAGCCCCCAUGCCCAAGAGAGUAGAAACUGAUAAGAAAUGUAAAUGUAUAUCCCAGUCCACAUCCAGCUCCUAGUGCCGUUCUGGCCCCACAUGGAUGCCGGGAUAUUGGCCCCUGUGCUCUCUAGGUCAACCUUGACAAGGCUGCUUCUUUCCUGUACAUGUUUUGCUUUCGCCAGCAAGGAACAAGGAUCUAAGACCAUAUGCAAGGUGGUGUGCUGUGCUGGAAGAGGAUGACUCAAAGAUUAGUCCAUUAAUUCCUCCCAGCCUUCCCCACCUCAGAGGAGGGUGACACCUGCCUCCUAAUUUUCACCACACCUCCCUUGUCCCUUACCCUUUGCCCCAGUCACAUACACAUACGUAGUUCUCAUAAAAGGGUCUCCACCCAUUCUUUCCUAGAAUCUCAGGCCAGGACAGCAUAACCAGAAGAUCAAGUGAGAACUCUGUUCUCCCGUAGAACAGAGGGAGCUCUCUCCCUCUCGAGCUUCAGGCAGUCGGGAUAAGGAUGUGAACUAUCAUGGCAGCAAGCAGAGAGCACAGGGGCUGUGCUACCAACACCUGGCCACGCAGAGCCCAACCCCACGAGCUCUCCCCAAUGCACGAAUCCAGCAAAGAACUGCUGAAGGGAUAGGAGGUCCCAAGUAAGAUCUUGGCAAAAGAGAAGAACAGAGAGGGGGGGACAUUAGCAACAUCUGAAGGCUUCUGGAAGGUCGAGCCCUUGAGAAGGAGCCUAGACUGCACUCCGUGCCCACCGAGGUUGUCCCCAGCCCUAUUUCCUUCUCGCAGAACAGUGAGGGCACAAAAAGCUGGUAAAGGGAAGGGUUAAAAAAGGUUUGGAGGCAGAGGGAAGCCCUGGGUUCUCCUGUAGGUGAUUUCAAAUGAACUAAAAUGAGCGCUCUACAUUUGUAAUCUUAUUUAACCUUCAUAAAGGAUCAUUUUACAGACGAGGGCAUGUGGCUUCAAGAAGCCAGAAGAUUUGCCCAAGGUCACAGGGCUAACAAGUGGCAAACUUGUUAUAUACACGCGAGCUCCCCUGUAAAAUGUCUCCAUCCAAAACACAAACUCAAGGCCACUGUCAUCCUAGAAUAUGAUGAAAAUGGCCAAAGGUAAAGGCCACCUGCUGGUUCCCACCCCGGGGUGGGGGUGGGGGGGGACAGGCUAAGCAAGGAGAAACCACGGCUCCGUUAGGAAGGGACUGGCGUACUCCACCUCCAGUCCCCAGACGACCUGGAAAGCCCGCACUCCCGGAAAACAAAGCUAUUCUGUGUAUCCAGUCACCCCCACCACUUCCACCAAGACCAGUAUCCAGUUUUCUGAUAGCUUUAAAAUUCAUUAUUGGCUCCCAGUCCCUGGAUGGGAGCCCGGUUUCUGAUUCUCAGGCUCGCUAUCAGUCUGGAAAGCCCAGGGUCAUUUCCAGUACCUCUUCGACUUUCAUGGAACAGGAAGCACUCUCACAUGAUGAACUAGAAUACCAUAGCAAAUCCGUUUCUGACGAAGAUGAUUGAAACAAGGGCUCUAAAGUAAUAGGCCUCGAAGCUGCCUUUAAGCUUCCGGAGUGGAGAGGACCCGGGGAAAAGAAAAUAAACAUGAGGCCAUCCUUGGGAGGCUUCUCAGAACAGGAGAAAAGGAGCCAAUGGAAUUCCAUUUCUCACCGCCUGUAUGGGAGGCACACAGGGGGUGUAAGGCAUGUGCUAUUAUGGAAUUUGAACUGAAAUCCCAAGGUACACACCCCAGGUUCCAUUAGCUCUGCCCAGGUAUCAUGUGUGUGGUUUGUGGUUUACAAGGUCACCAGAAAAAAAAAGACCAAGGGGGAGGGGGGAUCCUGCCAUUAGUUGAUGCUCUAGGAAGCUUCCCCACCAAAUAAACUCUUUAUUAAAAUUAGAAGUAUAAGUAAUUUAAAUAAAAACGAUCUUAAUUUGCAUAGAGAUUUUUAUUUAACAUACCACUUGCUGUGCCUAUUUAAAGACAAAGGACAUCUCAGCUAAAUCUUAAAUUUUACUUCCCUUUUACAAAAAGUCUUAUAAAAACCUCUAACCUAAGUUGUUUUUAGGAGCUGUAACUGCACAUCAGCCAUUUAUUUGCAACUUUAACAUCAAAAUUACCAGCAGUCUUUGAGAAUCACUGAUAAAGAGCUCUCACUCUGAUGGUUACUUCUUGUUAGCAGUAAGGCUCCAAUCAUCUUUUCCCCAACCCCUUUAUGUUUCCGUCUUUCUAACUAGGUCAUAAAGUGGGGAAAAUGAGAAAAUUUUAAGUUAGUCAUCUGUCUAAAAAUAAAGAUUUGUUUCCCUGGAUGAAUACAUUCUUGGUAUAAGGAAAAGAGGACUAUCCGUUCUGUCUCUCUAACUCCUAUUCCUCCUGGGUCCAUCUCCCCCUCCUCUCUAAUGGCUAAGUCUUUGACAUACGCUAAAAGCUUUCAUUAUCACAGGCCCUGUGGGUUUCUUCACUCCUACACAACCCUCAUCUUUAAAAGGCCUUUUGUGAGCACAUGCCAUUCACAAGCGGCAUCGAUGAAUUGUGACCACAUCCCCGCUGCCACUCCAUGUCCCCAGAGCCCCUCUCUGGGACAGCCCACCCCCAUGGCCAGGACAUCCUCAACCCCUGAGCUGGCUGAUCAGGGACCCUGAGCUAUGCAAAGCUAUCUCUUUCCUUUGCUUCUUAACCUUUGGCCCUUGAAAAAAAAUAUUUUUUUAAGAUUUUAUUUAUCU